AUGGAACCCAACGACUACGACCUCACUACUCCCAUUACAUCCACGUCGGGACUUCGUCAAGGUCUAGCUUCCUAUGGAGAUCCCCAUUUUUCAUUGUUUUUGCGAAAGGUGUUUAUCAAAGCACAAGGAUAUUCAGAAGAUGCUCUCUCACGCCCGAUCGUAGGAAUCAUCAACACCUUCUCGGGGUUCAAUCCUUGCCAUGCAAAUGUGCCUCAGCUCAUAGAAGCCGCCAAGCGUGGUGUGCAGCUCAAUGGCGGACUGGCGAUCGAGUUCCCUACAAUUAGUGUAGCCGAGUCUUUCUCGUCUCCAACUAGCAUGUUCCUGCGAAAUCUCAUGAGCAUGGACACUGAGGAGAUGAUACGCGCCCAACCAUUAGAUGCUUGUAUCAUGAUCGGAGGGUGUGAUAAGACCGUGCCAGCUCAAUUGAUGGGAGGCAUCUCUGCCAACAAGCCAAUCUUACCUCUCAUCACUGGACCCAUGUUACCAGGUAGUCACCGGGGUCAGCGCGUGGGAGCCUGCACUGACUGCCGUAACAAUUGGGCGGCUUUUCGAGCCGGGGAGAUCGACGUCGAGGAAAUAGCGGCGAUCAAUGAGGAGCUUGCGCCGACGAUAGGAACCUGUGGCGUGAUGGGAACUGCUAGUACAAUGGCCUGUGUCACGGCAGCUCUGGGGAUGAUGCCACUUCGAGGCGCUUCUGCGCCGGCGGUUUCAUCCGCGAGACUGCGUAUUGCAGAGGAGACUGGUGCAAAUGCCGUUGCUCUGGCAAAAUCCCAGAGAAAGCCACAAGAAGUAUUGACCAAGGAAUCAUUUUGGAAUGCCAUCACGGUGCUCCAGGCUAUUGGGGGCUCGACCAAUGCCGUGGUUCAUCUGCUAGCUAUUGCCAACAGACAUCCAGAUUUGCAAGGCGUGAUCACUCUGGACACGUUUGAGGAGAUUGGUCGCAAGACCCCACUGCUUAUUGAUCUCAAGCCGAGUGGCGAUAACUAUAUGAACGAUUUCCACAAUGCCGGUGGGAUGAUGGCGUUGUUGCAAGUCCUCCGACCAUUGCUUCAUUUGUCUGCCGUGACUAUCACAGGACAAACCUUGGGCGAAGUUCUCGAUGCAGGUCAAUCUAAGAUACUUUCUUUUUCGCAGAACAUCAUUCGUCCAAUGUCGAACCCCUUGUUCCCUGCAUCGUCUUUAGCGGUUUUGCGUGGCAACCUUGCUCCAGACGGAGCAGUCCUCAAAGCGUCGGCAUCCAAAUAUAAACAUCUCCUUACUCACACCGGGCCCGCGGUCGUGUUCGAGAAUUCCGCCGAUCUUGCUCUGCGAAUCGACGAUCCGGACCUUGAUGUCACGAAAGACAGUGUGCUAAUCCUGAAGAAUAUUGGUCCAGUCGGCAACCCAGGUAUGCCCGAAGCUGGUAUGAUACCCAUCCCAAAGAAGCUAGGAGAAGCCGGAGUCAAGGACAUGUUGCGCCUUUCAGAUGGAAGAAUGUCAGGCACUGCAGGUGGCACUAUCAUUCUGCAUAUUUCGCCUGAAUCUGCGCUGCCCGAGUCACCAUUUGGAGUGGUAGAGACGGGUGACUUGAUCGUGUGUGAUAUUGAAUCCCGCAAGUUGCAUUUGGAUGUCUCCGAUCAAGUCUUACAGUCCCGUAUUGCGAGCCGCAAGCAGACCCUUGCAGGGGAGGUCCAGGUUAGAAAGCAGAGGAGAGGAUACCGAGGGUUGUAUGAACGCACCCAAGCCAUCAUGAGUUUCGAUCCCGUACUCCCACGGGCGCGGCCAGCCCACACGCCCGGCACGACGAUCCUAGCAUACACGCCAGACGGUAAUCGGAUCAUAACUGGUGGCUCCAAUUCGGCUAUUCGCGUGUACAACAUCGACGGAGAUGGAGAGCCCAGAACCAUUGACGAGGGCGUUGACUCGCAUUUCGGCAUUGCUGUCAAGGGGCGAUCUUUUAUCAUGGGUGCCGAAGAUGGAACGGUCUGGCAGUACGAUACCGCAUCGGGAAAGAUGCAGAGCUUGCUCGUGCGAUGUGCCUUGCCGGUGAGAGAUAUCGCCUUGACCAAGGAUGGAGAAUGGGUUGCCGUUGCCAGCGAUGAACUUACCGUCAAAGUCGUGAAAGCCGACGAUAUGACCCAAGUGAAGUACCUGCGUGAGCAAUCCAAGGGAACGAAGCACGUCACAUUUGAUCCAAGCGGCCGGUAUGCGACAGUGUCCGGCACGGACGGUAUUGUCUACAUCUACUCUUUGGAGGGAGAAGAACCGAAGCUGGUUCAUAAACUAGAUGGGGCGAUCCGCCGACUCGAGCCGGAUGCCGAGGCGACGUCUCGAGCAGUGUGGCAUCCCGAUGGGACUGUCUUUGCCGUGGCAGAGGCGACCAGAGACAUUUCCCUUUACUCAACCUCACAGUGGAAGAAGGUGUCGACAUUUGCUGGCGGUCACACCGGCGACAUCACGGCGCUAGACUGGUCUCCCAAUGGAGCGUUGCUUGCAUCCGCUGGAUCAGACGGGCACAUUGUUCUCUGGGAAAGCAAGACACAAAAGGUGUUACAACGGUUCGACUUCAAAAAUGUGCUGAAUUUAAAAUGGCACCCAACCCGGAACUCGCUUUCGUUUACGACUUCGGAUGGAGAGCUCUUCAUUCAUCAUGACUUUGUCCCAGAUAAUAACAAGGGACUGUUACAGAAACCGCUACAAGCGGCUCCAAUCCCCGCCGAGUCUCUCGAGCAUAUUUCCACUCGGGUGGAACACACAACGCUGGCGGACCGGUCUAAAGAGGCCAUCCAGCGAGCGGCGCGGAGAGCCAGUGUUGACUCACUGGAUGACAUUCUCGGCGGAGAUGAGGAGAUGAUGGACUUUGUCGAUGAUGACGAUGGAGCUGGCUACGCUGAUGAAGAGGUGAACGUGUACGGAAAACGACCUAAUGGUCAUCUCGAUGACAUUGGUGCCGAUGUCAAGCGCAUGCACUCUGGCGGCCUGGCGCCAAAAGCCCACCCGCCUAUCCAGCCCGGCAGCACCCCUUGGGCUGGAAGUAGAAGAUAUCUCUGCCUGAACCUCACUGGAGCUGUCUGGACGGUGGACCAGGAAACACACCACACAGUUACCGUAGAGUUCUAUGAUCGGGAAGCUCAUCGGGACUUCCACUUUACUGAUCCAUAUAUGUACGACAAGGCCUGUCUAAAUGACAAUGGUACACUAUUUGCCAACAGCCCCUCGGAUGGUAGUCCAGCAACCAUCUUCUAUCGGCCACAUGAGACGUGGACUGCCCGCGCAGACUGGCGGACUCAAUUGCCCGAGGGAGAACAAGUUCGGGCUCUUGCGCUCAGCGAUUCGUACAUUGUUGCAGUGACAUCCAAGGACUAUGUCCGCGUAUACACACUCUUCGGCACUCCUUUCAAAGUGUACCGACAAAAGAGUCAAGCCGUCACUUGCGCAGCGUGGCGCAACUACAUUAUGAGUAUCGGAAACGGACCAAUUGGACCCAAUGGCCAGCAUACUACACUACGAUACACAGUGGAGAAUGUCAAGCGGGACGAGAUCUGCCAGAACGAGGACAUCGUUGCCCUUCCGGAAGGGGCAAAGCUGCAGAGUGUCUUCUUCUCUGACAAUGGGGAUCCCUGCAUAUACGAUUCCACCGGUGUCCUGUUAGUCCUUCAAGGUUGGCGCACUCCGGGCCAAGCCCGAUGGGUACCCCUGCUCGACACCAAACAGAUGGCUCGUCUCGCGGGCGGGCGGAAGGAAGAGACCUAUUGGCCUGUGGCCGUCGCCCAAGACAAAUUCCACUGCAUUAUUCUCAAGGGUGGCGACAAGAAUCCUUACUUCCCACGACCACUACUCAGUGAAUUCGACUUCCAGAUCCCGAUCUCCAGCGCGGCUGUGAACAACGAAUCUGAAGAGACGGCAGCUGAAGGCGCGCGAUUCGAAGAAUCAUUUGUGCGCGGUAACGUCCUCCUAUCGCUGUUCCGCGAUCUCCUAGGGUCUACAAAUGCCACAGCAAGUCAGCGCUCCGACCUGGCGCGGAGAGAGCUUGACUUGGAUAAGAAUCUGCUGCAAAUGCUGGCCGUUGAAUGCAGAGAGGGUGAAGAGCGCGGUAUGAAAGCGCUCGAGCUAGUGGCCCUGAUGACGGAUCGUAAUGGCAAGAUGCUUGAGGCUGCUGCUAAGGUUGCGCAACGGUAUGGCCGGGGUGUUUUGGAGGACAAGAUUCGGGAUCUGGCUGAGCGCCGAGUGAUGGGAAUGGGUGACGAUGAUGAAUUGGCCUAG